AAUCGUUUCGCUGCAACAAGUCUCAUCGCAGAGGGCCGUAACUGAAAACAGAGCGUGAAGAAUGGGGUCUCUGUCCAUGCUCUUCCUCCUCUUCUUCUCUCAGGGUCAAAGUUCAACCCCAGAGGUCGAGGAGAGGUCAACUUGUGGUCAAUGUGAUGAGCGUCUCUUCUGCAACUGCUCCUCCCGGAACUACCGACGCGUUCCCACGUUAACCAUCACUGAGGUGGUGACCCUCGACCUCUCCUUCAACGACAUCACCACGGUCGCCGAGGACGACCUGAGAGAGUACACGCAGUUACGAACCCUUGAUCUCCGUAGCAACAGGAUCCAGAGUAUCCACGAAUGGGCCUUCCACCUUCUGCAGGGGCUGGAGUCUCUGGACUUGUCUUAUAACCAGCUGGCUGGUCUGUCUCCGGCCUGGUUCUCCAAACUCCUCUCCCUACAACACCUCAACCUGCUGGGCAACUGUUACAGGACCCUCGGCCCUGGAGGGGCGCCGUCUCUCUUCAGGUCUCUGACCAGGCUGAGGUUUCUGAGGUUUGGGAACCCUGCUCUGGAGGAGGUGAGGAGAGGAGACCUGGCUGGGGUCAUCCAGCUGGACCAGCUGGAGGUCUAUGGGAACAACCUGAAGAGGUACGACCCUGGAAGCCUGGGUGACCUUUGGCCUCUAGGGGUUGUGACCCUGCGUCUCCGAGGACCAUUCCAACACGACCUGGCACUCGUCUCCUCUAUCCUCCGUGACGUCUCCAGCCCAGAAACAUCUCUGGUAGUCACUGACAUCCUGCUGACCGGGAAGAUCUCCGUUGCACCGUUCAAUGAGAUCAACCAGAGACGGGUGCGGUCCAUAAUGUUCCAGAACGCAACCAUGACGGACGAGGCCAUCAUUCACUUCCUGAAGGUUUGCCAUGUACACUGAACCUGCUGUACAGAUGCAGGAUCUUAAUUUGACUAGUUUCUCACAGCAGGAAAAUAAUCACG